GCGGAUCUCCUGGCUGGCGCUGAUCUAGAUGCGGUGGAUGGAGAUGAUGAUGUGCAAGAUGAGCGGACGCUGCCCAUCAUGGAGAAGACUGGGGCGGUCUGGUCCACGGAUGACUUGGAGGUGUGCAUCCUGAGGAAGUUCAAGGACUGCACGCUGAUCGA